AUGUCUGACAUCAAGAACGAAGUGACACAGCUAGAAGUAGCUCAUGACGCUGCCGAGCGCGGGCACAUCGCCACCGACCAGUACGGCAAUGCGCUCGUAGAUUUCGACCGUGCUGCCGAGGCGAGGCUUCGUCUCAAAAUCGAUCUGAACGUCGUCCCUACCGUAGCGCUUCUGUAUUUGUUUUGCUUCAUCGACCGCGCCAACAUCGGCAACGCAAAGCUGGCUGGACUUGAAAAAGAUUUAGCCCUCCAAGGUUACGAUUAUAAUAAGGUCCUGUCGAUUUUUUACAUCUCAUACAUCGUCUUCGAGAUCCCGUCAAAUAUGGCCUGCAAGUGGAUUGGUCCCGGAUGGUUUAUCCCGAUGCUGUCGUUGGGCUUCGGAAUAUGUUCUAUUUGCACCGCUUUUGUACACGACAUUCAUAGCGCCUCUGGUGUCCGGUUUUUGCUCGGUCUCUUCGAAGCCGGAAUGUUGCCAGGGAUCGCCUACUACCUGAGUCGGUGGUAUAGGCGCAGUGAACUUGCCUUCCGGUUGGCUUUGUACGUGGUUAUGGCUCCUCUAGCUGGCGCUUUUGGGGGUCUUUUAGCAUCGGCAAUCCUCAAACUGCCUCACUUCGGCUCUCUUCACAGAUGGCGCAUGAUCUUCGCUAUCGAAGGCAUCAUCACCUGCGGCUUGGCCCUGAUCUCCUUCAUAACUAUGGCCGACCGUCCAGAAACAGCGAGAUGGCUUACUCAGCAAGAGAAAGACCUGGCGAUAGCGCGCGUGAAGUCCGAACGCGUCGGCACAACCGAGGUACUGGACCGUCUGGACUCGAAGAAGCUGCUCCGCGGCAUAUUCAGCCCCGUCACCAUCUCUACGGCCUUCAUAUUCUUGCUCAACAACAUCACCGUUCAGGGCCUGGCUUUCUUCCUGCCAACUAUCGUCCGGACCAUCUACCCGCACGAUUCAGUGAUCUCCCAGCAGCUGCACACGGUCCCGCCGUACAUCGUAGGCGCAUUCUUCACGCUCUUCCUCCCUUUCGUCUCCUGGAGACUCGACCGCCGCAACAUUUUGUUCAUUGCCUCCGCGCCGCUGAUGAUGAUCGGAUACAUCAUGUUCUUGGCAUCAACAAACCCUCAGGUCCGGUACGGCGCCACUUUUCUCAUAGCGUCCGGCGCGUUCCCCUUCGGUGCGCUCUGCAAUGCCCAGGUCUCGGCAAACGUGGUUACGGACACGGCGCGCUCUUCUGCCAUUGGCACAAACGUUAUGCUCGGCAAUGUCGGCGGGCUUAUCUCGACUUGGUCAUUCUUACCGUCCGAUGGCCCGAACUACCAUAUUGGCAAUGGGUUGAAUCUGGCGACGUCAAGCUUGAUGCUUGUUAUUGCCAUUCUUUUGCUGCUGUGGAUGACGGCGGACAACAAGCGGAGGGAGAAACUGGAUAUCCAUGCUGAGCUUGCGAAGCUGGAUGAGGGGACAGUAGAGGAUCUUGAUUGGCGGCAUCCGGCCUUCAGAUGGAAACCGUAG